AUGGCUUCUCAACAAUCGGAAAUGGGCAAGGAUUCGUUUGCUUCUGCUGUUACUGGAAACAGCACUGGCGGUUCGCCUCAGCAUGAGGCGAGAGCUAGAGAAAUACAGGCGGAAGAAGGAAUUACUACUUCUUAUCGUUCAGGUCCUCUUCCACCACCGUCCAUUUCUACCAAUGGUGCUUUCAAUAACGGUACCCUCCUUUCGGAUUCUACUGCUAGUGUAUCACUUGAAUAUUUAAACCUAAAGUCUGUUGGAAAGGUCUCUCCUACCCCUAGUAGUAGUGGUCCUGAUCAUUUAUCCUCUUAUUCCUCUUCAUACCGCCGGACUAGAGCUGAUACAUUACCUUCCUCUUUGUCUCGACCUAUUGUGCAUCAUCCUACCUCCUCAUUGUCGAUCACAACAUCUAUUGGAUCCUCUGCUUCUGCCGCGACUCUUCUUACUCCUCCAAAAGCAAGUUCUCGUCUUCGAUCUGGAUCUCUUACUUUACCAUCAGCAUCACUUUCUGCUGCAUUUGGUCCAUCUAUUUUUACUUCAGGAUGGUCUGAUCAUAGAAGUGAGACAAAUGGUCCACCAACUCCUCCUAUGCAAACACCUACUACUGGUGAUUUACUUCGUGGUGAUGAAAAUAAUACUGUUGGUAAAACUUUAGAUUAUUUAGGCCUAGAUGAUCAUGAACAUCUCAAAGCUACUGGUAAUCUUCCACAGAUCAAAGUGGACAUGAAACCAUCAAACACUCAAAAUUAUCAACCUUCUGUGGGAUCUAUUACUUCUUCCCUUCGUAGAGAUGCAAAUAGAAUUCGUUCUUAUUCUGUAUCUGCUACUGCUAAAUAUGAUGAUCCACCACCUACAACAACGGUUUCUUCAAAUAAUCUUUUUCCACCAGGUUCUGCUGCUGUACAACAAUUCCAUCAAACUCAUUCUAGGCCUCGCGCUAUUAGUUUAGGCAUUUUAGAUUUACCAAAUGAUAUUAUGCAUAUGCGUCAGGGAAGAAAUGGUUCUAUGUAUAAUGAUUUAUCAGAAUCCGGACAAGGUUCUACUACUCCAUCUAGAUCUCUUGGUGGUGAACAAUUGGUUGGAAUGAUGCUUUUGGGUGCUAUGGAAGGAAAAAAGAAACAGCAACAACAAAUUCAUAUGGAUGAUGAUUAUUUAUUACCAGAUCAUGAUGAAUUAGAGCAUGCUCGUUCUGGUGUGUCAAGCCCUCAUGACCAUACACCUGAUCAUUCUCAACAAAGUACUCCUCCUCCACAAACACCAACUCGAUCCUUAUGGAUUGGGAACAUUGAUCCUAACCUUAGCACUCAAGAUCUUAUGCACCUUUUUUCACCUUACGGUUCAAUUGAAAGUUUAAGACUUUUACCGGAUAAAGAAUGUGGUUUCGUUAAUUUUGUUCGAGUUGAGGAUGCCAUUAGAGCUAAAGAUGAUAUUAUGAAUAGAAUGGGAAGUCGAGUUGGAAAUUGUAUCGUUCGUGUUGGUUAUGGUAAGGCAGAUUCAUUGAAUAAUCACGACCUGUCUCCAUCGUCGCAAACGCAACUUCAACCUACACGUGCUCUUUGGAUUGGAAACAUUCCCACCUCGACUACACCACUAAUUCUACAGAAUAUAUUUGCACCAUAUGGUCCAAUUGAAUCUGCUAGAGUCUUAACACACAAGAAUUGUGGCUUCGUCAAUUUUGAAAAAUUAGAUGAUGCUGUGAAAGCUAAGAAAGCUUUGCAUGGUAAAGAAGUUCUUGGAAGUGCUGUUGGCCCUGUCAGAAUAGGAUUCGCCAAGGUACAGCCUAAACCAUCACCCACAUCGACUCCAGAGCCAGGAUCUCCUGCAACCCGUCAUAUUCGUAAUCUUUCCUCAUCAUCAUCCUCUUCCAAUAAUCAGAAUUCUGGUCAAUGGAACGGGCAAGUCGAAAAUUAUCAUAAUAGCAUGAUGAAAAUGAUGAUAUCUUGUCCAGCAAAUGUUUCUGGUGGUCUUACAGAAAAGCAAUUAAUGAUGCGCGAACUUAGUGGUGGUGUGGAUGAUGAUAUUGAUGACGUCAAUGAAAACCGCCCUCCCACGACGUAUUUCACAUCCAUUCCUCCUGUUGGUGAUCCAAAUCCAAAUCGUAAACCUGAUGCUUCGAGGUUGAGAGAAAUUCGCAAACGUUUGGACAGUGGUCAUUGUUCCGCAAAGGAAGUGGAGGCAAUUGCAUCUGAAGUUUUAGAAGAAUGUGUUGAACUGUCAAGCGAUUAUAUCGGUAAUACUGUAAUUCAGAAAUUGUUUGAACGUUGCUCCGAAAAUACCAAAACCAAAAUGUUGGAAAAGAUUGCACCACACUUAGCAACAAUUGGUAUUCAUAAAAAUGGAACAUGGGCUGCACAAAAGAUAAUUGAUUGUGCUAAAACUCCUGCUCAGAUGCAACUUAUCACGUCUAAUGUUAAACCAUAUACUCCUCCACUUCUUUUGGAUCAAUUUGGAAACUAUGUCGUACAAUGCUGUCUACGUUUAAGUCCUCAAAGAAAUCAAUUUAUAUUUGAUGCAAUGGUAGAUAGAUGUUGGGAAAUAGCUCAAGGUCGUUUUGGUGCGCGUGCAAUGAGAGCUUGCUUAGAAAGUCAACAUGUUACUAAGAAGCAACAGAAACAAGUUGCUAUUGCUAUCGUAAUGAAUGCAGUUCCUCUUUCCACCAAUCCGAACGGUGCUUUAUUAUUAACAUGGAUGCUUGACACCUCUUCCUUCCCUGGUCGGUAUCGUAUUCUUGCUCCACGUCUUGCUCCACAUCUGGCGCAUUUAUGCACACAUAAACUUGCGUCUUUAACUGUUCUUAAGAUUAUCAAUCAACGUCAAGAAUCAGAUGCUCGUGAUUUGACGAUUGCAUCAUUGUUUUUCUCUGCAAAUGAUCAAAUUUUAGAAGAUGUGUUGAGCGAUCAAGUUCAUGGUGUUGGAGUUGUUCAAAAAGUUUUGGCCAGCCCGUAUGUUGAUAGUAAUGAAAAACAGAGGUUGGCAGAAAAAGUUAAAAUUGUUUUGGGCAAGUUAAAAGUUCAACAAGUGCAAGGAUACAAACGUUUAAUGGAAGAAUUAGGAAUGGUGGGUGAUCCUGCUUUGGGUGCGCCAAAUAUGAAUUCUGGUCCUUCUCCGGUUGGUAUUCCACAAGGUCAAAUGCAACAGGCUGCAGUCAGUAAUACUACUACAGAAAAUAGCAAUUCUCCUCACGAGCAAUUGGCUCCUCAAUCGGCAGGGCAACAGACUUCAAGUGAAAGUUCUACUUUAAAUUCAGGAACACAAUCUUCCACGCCAAUGGCUUCAACACCGACAACAACUUAUACAACAUCUGCACCGAUGUUUAUGAAUAAUAUGCCAAUGUCUCCCCACCCACACUCUCCUUUUCCACCUACAUCUCCUUAUCCGCACAUGAGUCCUUUCACACCUUUCAUUCAUCCAUCCACUUUGGCAGCAGUUGCAGCCGGUAUGUAUGGGCAUCCGGCGAUGUUUAAUCCUGCGGCUUAUCCAUAUAUGCUCGCAGCAAGUGGUGCGAUUCCACCGCCAAUUGUGGGCACCACACCACAUACACAAGCGCAUACAUCUCCUCAAGGAGUCAUUUCCGAAUCGCUUUCGCCAUCGUCAAUUGGUCACGUCGAAGUCCAGCAACAAUGA